UCGUAUAUUGUUGUCAGUUGUCAGUUGAAAGUGAGAUAUUAGUUGACGAUUUAAAAGUAAUUGCGAAUUCGUAUUAUUUAUAUUUAAUUUAUUUUCCGUACUUAGUGUAAUAUAUAGUUUUUGAAUACUACCACACAUUCUAGAAAUGGAUAGGUCGGAUAUUCUUCAAAUAGGCUCAAGUAUCAACAUAAAAAGAACUGAUGGGCGAGUGCAUUCAGCAAUUGUUGCUGCCAUUAACAAUGACUUACGAUGUGCAACCGUGGAAUGGUUCGAACAGGGCGAAACGAAAGGAAAAGAAAUUGAUAUGGCUUCGAUAGAAUCUCUAAACCCUGAAAUAAUUAUUCCAAAACCUGGUGAAAAAUAUAACUUACAUGAGAGGAGUCUCAUCAACAAUCAACAGAUAGGUUUCAACAAAUUACAAAGGAAUCCAACCAGGCAAUCAAUAGCAAAUAUGGUUGCACGAUCAGCUCAUCAAUCUCGAAUUACACAGACCUCUAAUAAUGGUCAUGUUAUACCAACUAAUGAGUCAAUAGUGAAAGAAAGUAGUAUACCAACUAGUAAAACGAACACAGUACAGAAUACUCGACGGAGUAAUGUGGUAAAAGAAGUAGAGAAACUGAAAAAAAACCGAGAAGAACGACGGCAACGACAAGCUGAAGAAAAGGCGGAAAAAGAAGCUUUUUUACAAAUGGCCCCGGGAAAUCCACAUUGGGAAUUGUUAAACAUGAUAUUGGAAUAUCGACGUGGUUUAGAUAUUAAACCACUAUCGGAGAACGACGCCAUUGAAGAUCAUUUAAUAACAGUUUGUGUUCGAAAGAGGCCUUUAAACAAAAAGGAAGCAGCUAGGAAAGAAGUAGAUGUAAUUACGAUUCCAAGUAAGAACCAAUUAAUUGUUCACGAACCAAAAAAUAAAGUGGACCUAACAAAAUAUCUGGAGAAUCAACUCUUUAGGUUCGAUUAUGCUUUUGAUGAAACAUGCUCAAACGAAAUGGUGUAUAGGUACACCGCACAACCAUUAAUAAAAACAAUAUUCGAGGGAGGUUUUGCAACUUGUUUUGCAUACGGCCAAACAGGAUCAGGCAAAACACAUACUAUGGGUGGCGACUUUAAUGGCAAAACUCAAGAUUGCCAAAAGGGUAUUUAUGCAAUGGCAGCAGGUGAUGUAUUUAGACUGGCAAAUUCACCAAAAUAUCGACCUCUGAACCUUGUUGUCUCUUCGAGUUUCUUUGAAAUAUAUUCUGGGAAGGUGUUUGACUUACUCAACAACAAAGCAAAACUGAGAAUAUUAGAAGACGGUAAACAACAAGUACAGGUAGUAGGUCUUACUGAAAAAGUCGUUAGCAACACAGACGAAGUAUUAAAACUAAUUCAAAAAGGAAAUCAAGCACGCACAUCUGGACAGACAUUUGCCAACUCCAAUUCCUCUCGUUCACACGCAGUUUUUCAAAUUUACCUACGAUCGAACAACAAUAUGUCUAAAAUAUAUGGUAAAUUUUCACUAAUCGAUUUGGCUGGGAAUGAAAGAGGAGCAGACACUUCAUCAGCAAACCGACAGACAAGAAUGGAAGGUGCUGAAAUAAACAAAUCUCUUCUGGCUUUGAAAGAAUGCAUCCGAGCAUUAGGUCGCAAAGGAGCUCACUUGCCAUUUAGGGUUAGUAAAUUAACACAAGUUCUUCGUGAUUCCUUCGUAGGAUCAAAUUCUCGAACAUGUAUGAUUGCUAUGAUAUCACCCGGAGUGAAUUCAUGUGAACACAGCUUGAACACACUGAGAUACGCCGAUCGUGUCAAAGAACUGGGAGGUGGCGAUCUCCAAACUAAUACUGGAUCUGAAAAUGAACAAGAUGAUGAUGGAGAUUUACUCCAGCUGAGGUCAUUAAAUGAAAAUGAUAUGACACCCGAAAUGUUAAAUUUCCACCAAGUAAUAUCUGAAUUGCAAGUUGCAGAAGAUAACAUGCUCGAUAACCAUAAACAAACCAUAGAAGACUUAUAUUCAGCCUAUCAAAAAGCAGUUGAACUGUUAAGGAUGACUGAUGAUGUUACUUAUGAUCAAGAAGUAUAUUGUAAAAACUGGGAAGAAUUAAUUAACGAUUCUCUGACGGUGCUUGGCCAUGCUCGAGAAAUUGUGGAAGAUUAUAAGGCAAAACUGACAGCUGAAGAGCAACUCAGUCGUAAAACUACAAAACGAAAAUAAAUUAAUGAAAAGUCUAGUAUACAAUUUUUUAAAUAAACCUUUAUAGAAACUUGUAUACUA